GGCAGCGUUCGUAUCAUCGCGCCGGCGCCGGGGAACGGCAGUCAGUUGCAGUCGGCGGCCGGAGCGGUGCUGACGGCUGUUCUCCAUCUGGAGAGGAGCGGUGAUUUUCUUGGUGACCGUCGCCGAGUCCCAGGAGAGCCUGUUCCAGAGGAGGAUUUCUUUCCUGUCACCUUUCCCCUGCACAAGCAGCUGAGGAUCAGGUAAUGAGACAAUGCACCCUGAGGCGCAGGUGGUUGUGAAGCUGGCAUUGAAGCAAUGGUCUUUUCUGACUUCAGGUUGGGGAUUACUAAUGUUUUCUCCCAAGCGCGUGAGCAGUGCAGAGGAGCCCAAGUCACUCUGGAGGCCAAGCCCUGAAUAGCACAUGAUAGGAAUUGCUUGUGCUAAUUUAACCUUGUCUGUGUAUUUUAUUUUUGAUUCAGACCAUCUCUGCCUGCCCUGGUGACUCCAGGCUGCCAAAUCCUUCCUGCUCCAGGUCCCCCUAUCCAGCCAGGACGGAUGGCAUCUGGCACCCCACCAGCAUAGAGGCAACAACAGUUGUUGGUUAAGGAGAUAUCAUGCUAGAUGUACUUAGGGUGCAGAACAUGGGUACAGGCCUAGUCGGGAAAAAAGGAACUGGGUAAGAAAAGGUAGAGGGAGCGCGCCUUUUGAGAAGAGAGGCCAAGAGCAGACAUGAGGGGCAAUGGACCUGUACAACUUUAUCCAGUUUUGCCACCGAGGGCUGUAAGGGGAAAUCAGGGAGGGGCAGUUAUGCCUGGGAGAGAGCAAGGGAAGGGGGAAGGGGGAGGGAUGCAGGAGAAAGGGAAGUGUUUAAUGUGUUUGUAGGGGAAGGGGCAGUGCACGACGGCAUAUUCCAACAAGUCUCCUAAUACAUGGCAGAGUCCCCUUCCAGGUACAAGACACAUCCACCUAGCUGCAUCUACUGAGGCACCCAGCAGCUGCAGAGACUCCUGGGAGGCAGGACCCGUUGAGGCCAAGGACCACAGAAGAAGGCGAGGAACCCAGCCAGAGGGACUGCAAGACUCUACCUAGCAGUCCGCCAGCCCUCCAGGGCAAGAUGGAGAGGCUGAGGCAGAUCCUCAGAAAGAGGACGGCAAGAAUGGCCCCGGGACAGGAGAAGGACAGGAAGAAGCCUGAGGAGGAGGAGCAGGGCGGCCACCACCAGGCAGAGGCUGCAUCAAGGAAGGGCAGGUGGUGGCACUGUCUCGUGGGCUGGAGAAGAAGGGCACCUCCAGCAGCCACGGAAGAGCAGGGAGAGGAGCCAGUCAGGCCCCGAUGGAGGUGGCCCAGGAUACAGCUGGGUAGGAAGGGCCCAGCACUGCCAGAGAGCCAGGCACAGCCCCCGCGCAGCUCCAGCCCCAAACACAGCAGCCAGGACCCCAGCGCUGAAGCCCAGCCGAAGGCCACUCCUCACGUGGCUUGGGAGGAGAAGCCAGGCUCCCCAGGGCAGGAGCUGCACAGGCCCUGGUUCAAGCUGGGCUCCAGCUCCUCCAGGGAGGACAGCGACAGCUCCCAGGAGGCUGUGGGCCUCCAGCAACAUGCUGCCACCGCCAGAGAUACAGUCCUGCCCUUCUACAAGGCAGAGGAAGAGCAGAGGGAGGACUUCACCUACCUGGAGGAAGCCGCCCUCUCAGUCAUCCUACGGCACCUCCAGAGCACGGACCAGACUGUGAAUGAGGGGCUCACUUUCCUCCGUGCCGUCCCCACGCUGUGCCUGGCUACAAUGAAGAGGGGCGAGGACACCCUAGAGCCGCCCUGCUGCAAAGCGGCACUUGUGGAGAGGAUUGUGGUGCUGAUUGACAAGCUGUCCGACUGUGAAGAAGAGCCCAGCACCAUCCUUCCUUACAGCAUGGCUGUUGUUUGCAUCCUCAGCAAACUGAAGCCAGCCCUGGAGCCAGGCCUGGAAUCGCGCCUCCUCUACAUCGCCCUCCACAAGACCUUCCUGAUGGCCACAGGGCACAACAGCCAGCACAUCCAGGGCAUGCAGCGGAUCAGCGUGGAGUACCUGGAGGCCAUGCUGAGGUGUCUGCUGGCAACUGCCCCCAGCCUGGCCAGGCUGCAGUUCAUCGGGCAGCACUUGACCUUGUGGCUCCAGUUGGAAGAUAAGAGGGACAGAGCCACAGCCAUCAAGAUCACCACCAGCCUGCUCUGCUUUGCAGUCUCCCUCCUCCCACAGUUUGAGGACUCGCCCAAGGUGCCCCUGGUGGGUGACCUGGUGGCCCUGCUGGGUCUGUGCAUCAGCGACCCAGUGGAGGAGAUCAGCCGCCAGGCCAAGGAGGGCCUCUCCCACCUCUACAAGAUCUUGAUGCAUCAGAAGGGGCAAGACAUCCAAGAGGCACAGGAGCUGUGGCCCAUCAGCCAGCACCAGCACCACCUACACCGAAUCCUCCUCUACAUCGAUCUGGCCACAAUGGGAGAGGCCUUCAGGAAGAUCCUCUCCGAAGACCAGAGGAGAGCAUUUGCACAGAGGGCACUGCUGGGGAUCCACCAUGUCAUGCUGCACGUGAGCCAGGCCGGGGUGGUUCUGCUCUAUGCCAUCCUGGGGCAAUCUGGUCACCUGACGGGGGCAGAGGAGAAGGAAAUUCCCGUCAGGGUACUGAGGAAGCUCCUAAUCCUGAAAUGCUUCCAUCAGCUGCCCAAAGAGCUGCAGAGGCACAGUCAUCUGGAGAGUGCCUCAAGGAUCCCCAUCUCUCCGCAGCAGCGCCAUCCAUCCUGAUGCAAGCAAAGGCUGGGUGUGAGGCCACGGAUGCCAACUGCGAGGCAUGGGACACGGUGUAGGGGAGGUCGGAGCCGUGUAUACAAGCCCUAGGUAUCAGUGUGUGGCAGGGCACUGCUAGUGCCUGCCACUUUCAGGGCUGGGUCAGGCAUCCAGCAAGUGCCUGAUGGCAGCAGUCAUUUUGACAACUUUUUAUAUAAAGGCUGCAGUCUGCUGCUGCCAGCCGAGGCAGAAACAUUGCCUCGCUGAGCUGCAGCAGGAACAACCAGGCGGUAAGGGAAAGAGCUUAUGGGGAUGGCUAGGAGGCUCUUGGUCCUGGGCACGACCGAAAACUGCACCCUGCCGGGAAUGGGUGGCCUGGUGGGGCUCCUAGUGGCGUGGGAGCCCCCAGGAAAUGCCAGGCCAGUUACCACCCCGGUGAAAGGCGGGUCGGGGCGCCUUAAUAACCCCAGCUCCCACAACCAGGUGGGUAACCCCAUAGUAGUCCUGAGACGGCGGACCCCUGUGAGAGAGCGGACUAGAUGCUCACAAUCCUGACUUGAGGCACCCUCAACUGGUCAGUGCUGGGGCCAGGACCAGAAGGGUCAAAAGGGCCAGGGGCCCACUGUGAGGGACGCCCAGAGCCAAGGGCCUGGGGUUUCUAACUGGCCUUGGAGGGGAGGCCAGGGCCUGUGUGGCCAAAGGUCCCGGGGUGUGGGGCACACCUGAGAGGGGGAAGAGUGGAGGGAGGUAGGCAGCCCAGAAUGAGGGCGGAGUAGGCCGCCUGAUUGGAAGGAGCCAGUUGGGGUCCAGACUGGAGGAUUAUGGGGCCCAGGAUGGGGCCAAAGAUGCUAAGAACUGGGAUGCCAGCUGUGAGACAUGAGCUGCAGCAUAGGGGAGGAUUUGGAGCUGCAGAUAACAUCCCCAGGCAUUCGGGCAAGAAAUGGA